AUGACCACGACACGACUGCGCACAACACAAAUCGACGACGGGCUUAUUAUGGCAAAAAUCUCAUCGACCGUACGACCUGCGAGCCGCGGCCACAGCACGCCGGCGGAUGUCGCCACAUCGACUGCGCCAGCCAGAACAACACGCGCGACGCGUAGCGCAAGUCGUGAGCUAGAAGUGAAUCUCGAAGUUCAAACAUCACCGCGAAAAGGAAGGAAGACUAAGUCUGCGAGGGCUGACCUUGGUAUCGUUGAGGAGGACAACAAUGCCGCGUAUGAGACUGAAGCUGUUGAACCAACGGCGGAGCAAGCAGAGGCCGCAGCUCUCGACAACGAAAUGGACCACGCAAGACGCGAAUCCGGUGACUCGGGCUUCUCUGGCACCACCGCGAAGACUUCCUUCUCCCAAGAAGAAAUCGCAGACAUGGACGCACAAGUCAUGAUUGAUGUUUUGCCGGAUCUUCUCACAUCAACCGAUAAGCUGAUUGAUCUCUUACUGCCAGCCGACUCAAAGAUGCAUCACUUCGUCUGGAAGGAACUCCGUACUCAAGGCUCCAGACUUAGCAAGCUAUACAAUAAUCGUCUGGCCACUUUCAACGUCCACAGAGGCAACUUUGGCAGUCAAGAGUACAUCCAGCCGAGCGUAGUGGUGCGCGCAUUAUUUGGUGUGCAGAGUAUGGCAGAGGUCGGCGAUGGACCAUGGCGACCAGAUCCGCUAUUCUACAAAGCAAAUCUAGCACAGAUGCUACGAUCGACCCUUACCGUCUCGGCCGACACACUUGAGAUCACGGUAGAUGGUUACAACAGCUUCGAGCUGCUUGAGACACACUUCAAGAGCUCUGUUGUAGGUCUCGAAUUUGACCAAGAGGCCGCCUUAAUGCUUCUUGAACUACAGACCCAGCUCGCCAUAAUGCGCUUGGUUAUGUUCAAGGAUUCGCCACAGUUUGAUCCUGUCGAAGUCAUCAAUGACAGCUUCUUUAAGAGAGAUGCUAACGGAGAGCUCGACUACAAGGAUAUGGAUGCACUGCAGAUAGACGGUGUUGCGGAUGAUGACCUUGUCGAGUGGACCAACUCGAUCUUGGGGCUUGCAGACGGAUUGAAAGCGCCUUUCGAGGCUGGCACCAGCGUGGACGCUGCACUCCCUGACAUCCGCAGCACGCACAACUGGAACGAUUUCAUCGAACAGGUGGUGGCGUACUUCCAGCACCGAAGUGCACAGCUGCAGCAAGACAUCGACGCAGCUGAAGGGGUCGACAGCAUUAUGGAGAACUUGUGGAAAGAGGUCGAAAGCCGCGCAGAUGCUCGAACAGCUGUAGCGAAACGCCAAAGUAUUGGUACUACCGGCGAUACCCCGAAGAAAGCAUUCGGCAGGGGAGCGAUUUCUGCAUUGAAGGCUAGAGAGCAGAGACUUUCUGCGACCGGAGCCGAGCCACAGAAUCCCUCUGCACCCGUUAACGACGGAACUACAGUACCUCAAGUCGACGAGGCUAUCGCAGAUGAGCCAGCCCCACCUCCCGAGGAUGAUGUGCCAGCACAGGCUUUGAACCAGCAGCGCGCGGUCUCAGCAGUCCAGCUUUCUGGCUUCCAAAACUUACAGAUGCAGAACGCUAAGAAAGGAAAGGCACGUUUUAUAGAUCCUCAGCCUAAUGCACAACGCAUCAGCUUCGAAGAUAGCCAGGCAUCACAACACGGAGGGCCUGCAACAUUCCAGUCUCCAAAACGAUCACCAGCUGUAAGACCACAAUCAGGAAGCUCCAGGAAAGCUGCAGGUAAACGUCCACGUACCGACUUCGAGGAUGAACCUGAGGACUUUGAGCCUACUCAAGACGGAGGAUUCGAGGUCGAUCAACGCGACGUAGCCGCAGCAAAUGCUCGCCGAAGGAAUGCACCUGCAUCGUCCGCACCGCUGAGGCGACUGGCCCCAUCCGGUAGCAACAGUACCGUGGCAUACGAAGUGCCUGCGUCAGCCACGCCCAGCCCAUCCAAAAGAAGACGAAAGAACCCAGGUUCGACGAUCCCGCCACCACUGCCGCCAGCUACUGCAGAGGACGACAACAUACCUCAUGAGCAGUACUUCGAGCGUGCCAAGGUACUGGCGAAGCAUGGCCGCAUUGUUGCUAUGCAGAACAGGCCGACACAAGUCCGUGCGCCUUGGUCGAAGGAUGAGGAGAAUGCUCUGGUCACCCUAAUCGAGAAUUAUGGGGCCGACGGCAUUAGCUAUGCUAUCUUGAAAAAGCAGGACCAGCAAGAUGAGGAUAAUCUCGCACGUCGGUCCGCUGAAGAUAUGAGAUUCAAAGCGCGCAAUAUGAAGGUAACUUUCCUGCAAGCUCAGGUGCCAUUGCCCGACAACUGGGAAUAUGUCGUGCUCCAGCGAAGACAGAUCGACCAGCUCAAUCAGCGUGGGAUUGAAUAUCAGCAAGACGCCAUCCGUGCAGGUCGUCUGGAUGCUUAG